AUGAUUUCUAAUGAAUUUAUUCACAAAAAAGAAUAUGAAAAAACCUUCUGGGAACAAAUUGGAAAACCAAAAUAUAUUUUAGCUCCCAUGGUUGAUUUAAGUGAGUUAGCAUUUCGAUUACUUUGUAAAAAAUAUAAUUGUCAUUUAACAUUUACUCCAAUGUUACAUUCAAAAAAUUUUGUUAAAUACGAAAAAUAUAGAAAAACUAAUUUUCAAAGCUGUGAAGAGGAUAAACCUGUAAUAGGACAAUUUUGUGGUAAUGAUUCUAGAACAAUAUUAGAUGCAAUAGAAUUUAUUAAAAAAGAUGUAAGUGCAGUCGAUUUAAAUUUGGGUUGUCCUCAACAAAUUGCUAAAAAAGGAAACUAUGGUGCUUUUUUAUUACAUAAACAUGAUGAAGUUGUUAGUUUAGUUUCUGACAUUACUAACAAUUGCGAUAUUCCCAUUACUUGUAAAAUUAGAAAAAUUGAUGAAGAUUAUCAAAAAACCUUAAAUUUAUGUUAUGAUCUUCAAAGUCGCAAUGUUCAAAUGAUCACUGUUCACGGUAGAACAAGAGAAGAAAAAGGAAAGAAUAUUAAAAAUUGUGAUUAUGAAAUUAUAAAAAUAAUUAAAGAGAGAUUAAAUAUUCCCAUUAUUGCAAACGGAUCUAUUGAACAUUUUGAAGAUAUAGAAAAAUGUUUAAAUUAUACAAAAGCAGAUGCAGUUAUGUGUGCUGAAAUUUUACUUGAAAAACCAUACUUUUUUUCUAAUAAAAAUAUUGAUACAAUUGAUAUAGUUAAUGAAUAUUAUGAUUUAUUUUUAAAAUAUGAAUCAAAUACAAAAUAUUUAAAAGGGCACCUAUUUAAAAUGCUUUAUAAAUAUUUUCAAAUACAUACUGAACUACGUGAUUUAUUAAAUAAUUGUAAUUCCUUAAAUGAUUACUUAAAUUUUCGAGUAACGAUAAACGAAAAAAAAAAAAUGGGUAUCUUAAUGGAAUCACCUUAUAGUUGGUAUAGAAGAUACAGAAAAAAUUUAUAA